AUGUCUUCCGAACAGAUUUACUCAGACAAGAAAAUGCAAAACUUAUGGCGCGAAUCGACUGGAAAUCAAGCCCAAGACUUAUCGCAAUUUUAUGAAAUUACAUCCAGAUAUGGAGUCAUGACCCCAAUGUCUGAAUUAGAACAGGAUGAUGAAAUUGAUAAAAACCAAAUCAUUGAACAAGAUUUAAUACAAGAAUUGCAUUUACCUACUAAAGAAAAUGACAGCUCUAUCAAAAUUAGCAACUCCGGCGACAAAUCAGGGAACAUGUCUUUGGAGGAAUUGAUAAUUGUUUCCUUUGAAAAUUCUGCCCAACAUUU